AUGAAGCGUGGUGGUAGUGCCCACCUUAAGGAGGCUUUGUUGGCCUUAUGUCGUGUACUAGCCGGUUCUGGGGCUUAUCUAAACCCGGAGAUCUUCCGCAGGGCUAAGUUUAACCGGCCAGAGGCUACUCCUGAAUUUUGGAAGCUUUUGUAUUGUCUGUUGAAAGAGAUCUACAGAGAAAAAGACAGUUCUGUGCCUUCAAGUGAAAGUGAAAAGUUUGAAAAACAAAUGGGAUUUGUAAAAUCUGUACUAUGGAACCAAGGCUACGGGCGAUCAGCCUUUUACCAUCUACCUCACAACAGUACAGAUGGCAGCAGGGAGCUGCUGCUGGCUUUUUCUUGGAUUUUAAGCAAAAUGAAAGUUCUUGAGAAAAUACUGGAAAUGAACAGAGUCAAAGUGGGCGAUGAGAUAGCUGUGUGCACGUGUCCACAAGACCUUGGCUUCAAGGCAAAUGAAGAUGCAUCACCUCUGCUUAAAGUGGAUGUCCGGUAUCUACAAUGGUUGAGUGGAAAGCUGCGCUUUUCCUGGAAGAUUCUUCAUGCUGCGGAGCAGGAGAAAUGUGCUCUUUUAUAUAAGAUACAUUCAUACACUCAAGGAUGUCAUGUGGAUCCAGACAUCAAGCAUUUGUCAUUUAUGGAAACAGAAUUUGUUCGACAUCCUGAAGACUACUCCAAGUUAUUGCAGUUGUUAGAGUCUGAAAGCUCUUGUUUAGAAGCAUACCUGGAAUGGAAACAGCUGGAGCCUGUAUACUGGCAAUGGAUGGAGAGUGUUUUGGAGUCUGGUCUUGAAGAGGAGAAGAUAAUAUCUGCUAAAAGCACCAAUAGGGAUACAUCACUUCCAGAUGAUUUGAAGAAGUGGAGAGACAAUCUUAACUGCAAUAUUAAAAAAAUAGACAAAGAUUUAACACAACUACACAAUCGGCUUCAAGAAUCCAUACCGUACAGGAAAGCCUUAUGGAAUGAACAGAUCAAAGAAACUGAAAGAGAAAUCAGUGAAAAGGAAAGAAGUUUGAUGAUGAAAAAGAUAAAACAAGAUAUAUGUAAGAGAACUGAUGAACUUCAGUAUCGAACUGCAAAGGCCAUAGAGAUGCAUGGACAUUUUAGACUAGUUUUUCAUAAAGACAGUAAUUCAGUAUCUUCUUCCAAGUUUUUUAACUCGCGAGGUAUUCGUGCUGCAGACUUUAUAACAAAACUAGAGAAAUCUGGAGCUGAACUGGAGGCCGAGCUGCGAAUCCUGCAGGAGGAGUGCAGAUUGCAAAUGGAUGAAAUUGCUGAAAAGUUGGAAGGAGUUAUUUGUAUCCCUCCAGCAAAGAAUUUACCACCUACCCUCUAAUGAUCAGUGUGCUAUGUGUACACAAGUUAUGUAUCUGUGUUUUUUUGUGUGCAUUUAGUUGAAGAGAUGAUGUUUGUAAUCAGAAGAGAAAAAUUUUACAAAGUAAACAUAAAUUCUGUUUUUAUUGUAGAUCACAAACAAGUUUAAUAGGUUGUUGAAUUAAACUACUUCUAUUGGUGUAAAAA